UUGUCCAUUCAAUCUUGGCUUGGACGAGCUCCACGAUCGAGUGCGCCUCGUUGUCUUUCUGUGACACCACACCGGUUGAUUUUACGAAAACAAAAAUGUAUCUGAAGUUCAUUUCGUCGUCGUUUCGUCGUCGUCAUCAUCGUCAUAGUCAUAGUCGUCGUCUGUGUAUCUUUGACGACGAAAAUAAGAGAGACAUAAAAGAAGACAGCGGUGGUAGCGUUGGCGGUGCGCGCGUAAAGUUGAGAAGAGACGGAACGAAAGAGUGUCAGUGUGUAUAAAUUUUUAUGUUGUUUCUUAAAAUUCUUUAACGAUCUUUUACUAUACGCUCGGAUUGACUUUAUAGUAACCAGCAUAUAAUACAUAAACAAUUUGGCUCUCUCUGUGUUGGUGGUUUAAAUCACACUCUAUGGAACUCAGCUCUCAAAAAUUAAAAAGAAAAAAACCUCUCAACACAGAAUUUACCUACGAUUUUCAUCUUUAACGUGUGUGGAUCAUUUGUUUACGCGCCCCCUCUACGAUAGCCCUCGAUCGUCGUGCAAGUAGUGAGUGAUCCGAUCGUGUGCGCCGGCUGUUAUAAAAGUAGCAAGGACAUAUGAACUGAACAUUAGUCGAAAUCUAUUAUUAACGCAGCGCAGUUUCGACGCUAGAGCUUAAUAUUUACGCUACUUUUUUUUCGAUUGUUUAUUAUUUUUAAUAUUUGAAUAUUAAAAUUAGUAGUGUCAAUUGUUUAAAAAAAAAUAAUUAUCUUGGAAUUUUUUUCAAUUUUUUUUUUCAAAAAAAAAUUAUAAACUUAAAAAAAAAAAAAAAUAUUUUUUUUUUGUAUUUUAUAAAUACGUUCAAACACAAAACUUUCAAAAAUGUUAUCAGAAUCAGUUCUUAUAAAAUUACUGUUUGGUCAGUUUAAAAGCAAUGAUCUACAACACACACUUUUGGUGUUUUUGACCAUAAUAUCGGCGAUAAAAUUUAUUCAGUGGCUAUUGAGUUUGUACAAGGAAUUAAAAUCCUUGCCACCAGGACCAUGGGGCUUGCCUGUUAUCGGAUAUUUGGCUUUUAUGGGAAAUGAAAAACAUACUCGAUUCAUGGAAUUGGCCAAACGUUACGGAACUCUAUUUUCAACGCGUCUCGGUACCCAAUUAACUGUUGUGAUGAGUGAUUAUAAAUUGAUAAGAGAGUGUUUCCGUCGCGAAGAAUUUACAGGCCGUCCAGAUACUCCAUUUAUGCAGACAUUAAAUGGAUUUGGAAUUGUUAAUAGUACUGGCAAAUUGUGGAAAGAUCAACGUAGAUUUUUGCAUGAAAAACUUCGUCAUUUGGGUAUGACAUACAUGGGAAAUGGCAAACAAAUGAUGGAGACAAGAAUAAUGACUGAAGUUCAUGAGUACAUUCACAACUUGCACUCAGCCGAAGGCCAACCCAUGGAUAUGGCGCCAGCAAUUUCGGUAGCUGUAAGCAAUGUCAUCUGUGGCAUUAUGAUGUCAGUUCGAUUCUCCAUCGAUGAUCCAAAAUUCCGUCGCUUUAAUUUUCUUAUCGAAGAAGGCAUGCGUUUGUUUGGAGAAAUUCACACAGUCGAUUAUAUUCCAACUGUUCAAUAUUUCCCCGGUGUAUUAAAUGCCAAAAAUAAGAUCGCUAAGAAUCGUGAAGAAAUGCAAAGAUUUUACCGUGAUGUCAUUGCUGACCAUAAGAUAUCUUAUGAUGCUGAGAAUAUAAGGGAUUUGAUUGAUGUGUAUAUUGCAGAAAUUGAAAAUGCUAAAUUAGAAGGUCGCGAUGGUGAAUUAUUCGAUGGAAAAGAUCACGAAGAACAAAUCGUACAAGUCAUCAUUGAUUUAUUCUCAGCCGGCAUGGAAACGAUCAAGACCACUUUGCUGUGGAUCAAUGUAUUUAUGCUGCGCAACCCUGAAGAAAUGCGUCGAGUUCAAGAAGAGUUGGAUCAGGUUGUUGGCCGCCAUCGAUUGCCAUCGAUUGAGGAUUUGCAAUAUUUGCCCGUGACUGAGUCAACAAUAUUGGAAUCAAUGCGCCGCUCAAGCAUUGUACCAUUGGCUACAACACACUCGCCAACAAGAGAUGUCGAAAUUAAUGGCUACAAAAUACCAGCCGGUUCACAUGUUAUUCCCCUCAUAAAUUCAGUGCAUAUGGACCCCAAUCUUUGGGACAAACCCGAAGAAUUCAAUCCUCGUCGUUUCAUCGAUAGCGAAGGCAAAGUUCACAAGCCCGAAUUCUUCAUUCCAUUCGGUGUUGGUCGUCGGAUGUGCCUCGGAGAUGUACUUGCUCGCAUGGAACUAUUCCUGUUCUUUUCGUCAUUUAUGCAUUGCUUCAAUAUAAGCCUACCCGAAGGAAAACCACUGCCCAGUCUAAAGGGAAAUGUUGGUGCCACAAUUACUCCAGAAUCAUUCAGAGUUUGCUUGACGCGACGACCCCUUACACUUGCCACUCCUGAACCAAUACAUCAAAGGAACGUUGGUUUUCACUGAAUCCAUUAAUUCCCAUGGCGGAAAAGAUGCUACUUUCGCCUGAAAUUUUGUAAGGGAAAUCUAAUACAAGAUCCCUGUGCAAUUAUGGCAACAUAAAGUGGUUCCAAAUUUCCAGAGCACGGUCUGGUUCCUAAAAUUCAUUCAAAAAACAAAAAAAUUCACAUUCAAACAUAUAUUCAAAUUCAUAUACUGACUCAUUUCAAGAAACAAAAAAAAAAUACAUUUAAAGGUAUUCAAAAAGCACGAUUGCUGGAGAAACAAAACAACACGUGCAAAUGGCUCUGAGCAUAUUUUCUGAGUCCUUGAGUUCGCGGGAUGGUUUACCAUCCAACAGCUAGCUGGCUUGUGUGAUCAAAACAAAAACAUUGUUCGAAAAAUAAAAAACAAAUGUCGUGGGCAUAUAUAGCUCCUACCAAUUUUAUCCACCCCCGCGCUGUGUUCAGUUUAUUUUUAAACAAAAAAAGACAAAAUUCUGUGGUUCUAGUUUGUAGAAAAAAUUUAUUAUGUAAACACUCAUUAUACAAAAAAAAAAAGCAUUUAUAUCAUAAACAAAAGCCAUCAUGUAUAAAUUCAUUUAAUUUAAUAUUAAAAAAUAAAUUUAAAAAUAUAUGUUAAAAUAAUAUUUUUGCAAAAAAAUUGAUUAAUAUACAAUUUGUUGAAAAGAAAAAAAAAUGUAUACGUACAAAAAAACACGUACCUUUUAUUUUUGUUUAUAGUGUAUAAAUGUAUCUAUAAAAUAUUUAAUUCGAAUAAAAACAAAAUUCUGAGUGCCAAUUAUAGAGUAAUAAAACAAUUCAUUGUA